UAGCAGCAGCAAUCCACAAGAUGAAAAGCCCACUGCUAGAUUUGCUGUUUUUUGUCCUGAACAGGAUAUCACUGUAUGCUAACUUGAAAUUAUUUAGCAUGCCAGAGGAGGAUGAAACAUAUGUGUAUUAUGAUGAAGUAACCUAUUUCAAGAGAGGUGACCUCCUAGAGGUGCCAAGGACCUUGUUUGUGCACUUUGGGAUUUACUUAGGGAAUAACAAGGUGGCCCAUUUAAUGCCAGAUAUUCUCCCAGUUCUGUCUGAUGAUACAUGUUUGAUUGAGAAAGUGGUCACCAACAAAAGGCUGAUACUUGGAGUCCUGGCUAAGGUAGCCAGUAUAAGAGUGGACACAGUACAGGACUUUGCAUAUGGUGGAAGUAUAAUAGUUAACCACAUGGACAGCAGCUUUAAGUCAAGACCUCUUUCUAAUGAAGAAGUAGCUCAGAGAGCUGAAAAACUGGUGGGAGCUACAUCAUACAGUCUGCUGUGGGACAACUGUGAGCACUUUGUGACAUACUGCAGAUACGGUAUUCCUGUCAGCUUUCAGACCGAUAAGUUCUGUAAGACUGUGAAGAGGAUUAUUCGAGACCAGAGAAGUGUGAUUGUUUCUGCAGCGUUGGGACUUUUGUUAAUUCUUUGCAUGGGAUUUGAUCCAUCCAUCACAAUUCCAAGUUUUGUUAUUACGUUUUCACUGUGGAUGGCGAGCUAGAGGGGGAAAUAACCGUGGAAAAUGUAUAUAGUUCAUGUAAAAUAGUAUAUUUAUGAAACUUACAGAAAUCUCCAAUUCUGGUGUGACUAUUAAUAUUGUCAUUAUAUUUAA